UCUUCAAACAGUCGAAAGCGUUGAACGCAUGCGUGUAGAAUUUCGUAUCGUUGUGCGCUCUCUCAUUCGUUUCGUGCGUAUGUUUGUUCUAGGCGAUCUGUGUGCGUACGGAUUUCUGCAUGGGAUGCUGCUAUUCGUGAGGUGCAUCCAAGGAUUUUUGUAAGGAUACUCGGACAACCUUAGGCAGCGGUGUCUAAGCAUUGUGAUUUAUAUUUGUGUUCGUGCGGAAGUGCGUAACGUGUUCGAUCGAGAAUCGGUUAUUGUGCCAAAAUCGAUAAUAUUCGUAGAUUCUAUAGUUUCGAGUGGAGCUUGUUUUCAUAAAAUUCAACGCCGAUUUACUUCAGUGGUGUUAAAGAGUGAAAGUGCAAACUGCCUUUUAAGUUAAUGAAAAAACAUCACGAGUGAGGCAAAGAAAUCGAUUGCUGACCGGUUUUGGAAUCGAGCACGACUAAGGAGACAAAUGUCAGGCCGAGAAAGCCAUUCUUGAAAAUUGCUUCUUAUCUCGGAUCGGUCCCCAGCUUUACCGGGAUAAAUCGAUCACCGCGGGAACGCAUGAAACUUGCCGUGGACUAGGCAGCAGUGAAAUUCACUUCUUUUCGGUGUUGUUUAAUUUCUUUUCUUGAAACAAUCGAGAUAAGAUCGAUCGUCCACCGUCGACUCGACGCCCGUGUGCCUUCCGUUAACGACUUGGGACACAAACGAUUCGACACGGUGGGAGUGAAAAGCGAUACCCCGUGCAUGGCCGGGUGCGAUCUGCAGCAGAGCUAUCAAUACAACUUCAUCUAGCUUUAGAUCCAUCCAUCGCCUGAAUACGGCCGAAGAUUCGACAGGUAUAGACUAGGCCGGAUUGUAUUGACAGUUUGGAGUGCAUUAGUUGCUAUGCCCAAAUCUUGCAACUCUGUAGCGAAGCGAAGAGUUCGUUUGUGAAGAGGCACUAGACCGCUCUAGCUGUGAUGUUAUCGGUUUUGGGACAGUGAAGUUCAUUCAUAGAAAUACUUGUACAAGUUAGUCAAUGAUUUGUGGAUGUCGGAAAGCCAAGUACCGUUCCAGUAGCCGCGUUAAGUUGCAAUCGGGGUGCCUUUAGUGCAGUAAAAAAAAGUGCAGUUUGCUUUAAUUUAAUUUUUUUGUGACUGCCGUUCAGUGCUACAACGGUGACGUUGCAUUCAACGGAACACGGGGUACCCGGUGCGCGGACCCCGCUGGGAGUAGUACCGGUGAACAUCAACCAGCCGCCGCUUCACAUGGGAGUUUGCACGGAGGAGCGCCCUGUAAUGCAUUGGCACCAGAGCGCUAGGUUUCUUGGUCCACCCCGCGAGCGAAGUCCAGAUCUCACCAAUGCCUGCCACAUCAACGCGAACAAUAACAACAUCAACCACCGAACGUGCAUAUCGUGCACGGAUACCUGUGAGCAUAAUCUUAAGGCGAACCACGUGGGCGGAGUCCAUCUAGGUCCCAGUCAUCUUUACCAUGACAGUUGUCACAGUUACGACUCUGUCCCAGAUCGGCUGGUAGCCGACCGGCCCAACUACUACACCGAUCUCAACCGAAGCGACUGCUCGGAUACUAGUAGUAGUGUGCUCAAUAGCUGUAUACAACUGAAGUCUGAACCCCCGGGUGGUCCAAGUAGUCCCGAAUCCUCCAGUGAGUUACCUCCCUCCGGACUAGAAGAAUGCGCUGGCUGUGAUAUGCCUAUACAGGACCGUUUCUACCUGUCAGCUGUGGAGCGCAAGUGGCACGCUACCUGUCUACAAUGUUGCAUAUGCCGGCAAACGCUGGAAGGUGCUAACUCCUGCUUUUCACGUGACGGCAAUAUCUACUGCAAAACAGACUACUACAGAGUAUUCGGCUCGCGGCGGUGUUCGAAAUGUCUGGCUUCAAUUAGUUCCUCCGAGUUAGUUAUGCGAGCUCGACACCUAGUUUUCCACAUACGGUGCUUCUGCUGUGCGAUCUGCAAUACCCUGCUGAACAAGGGCGACCACUUUACGAUACGGGACUCGGCGGUUCUUUGCAGAUCCCACAUCGACAUCCCUCUGGACCCGGGAGCGCCACUCCCACUGGCGAUGCAGUGUCAGUACCCGACCCAGUAUGGCAGCUCCCCAAACGCACCACUGAGUCCAAGUGAUUCGACCGGAAGCAGCAAGAUGCCGCCGGCUGGUUACUUUUCGCCUCACCAUGCCGUUACCGCCCUGCCGCAGCAGCCUCGCCAGAAGGGACGACCCCGGAAGCGGAAGCCGAAAGACAUCGAAGCGAUGACUGCCAGCUUAGACCUCAACACCGAGUACCUAGAUUUGGGCUUCAGCCGAGGCCUUGGUUCGUCGUCGCGGGCCAAACGAAUGCGAACAUCAUUCAAGCAUCACCAGCUGCGCACCAUGAAGUCCUAUUUCGCCAUCAAUCACAAUCCGGACGCGAAAGAUUUGAAGCAACUGUCGCAGAAAACUGGCCUUCCGAAGCGAGUGUUACAGGUUUGGUUCCAGAACGCACGCGCAAAAUGGCGCCGGAUGAUGAUGAAGCAGGAGGGCAAAAUUAUCGACUCAGACAAGGGUGAUGGCUCACUCGAUCUGGACGGGUACGUGUCCCAUAGCCCCGGGUCGUACAUCAUGGGCGGCCCUGGCAGUCCUGCCUCGCUGGACUAGUGCCGGAUGGCGGUCACUGUUCGGCGGAUGCUGCAACAGGAGCGCUACCAUUGCCAACAGCAGCCCCGCCGGCAGGAUGACCUGCGGGAGCAGCAGCAGCAGCAGAAACAGCUUUGUCAUCAAACAGGGCAGCCAAGGAUGGUGAACGCAAACAGCCAGGGGUCCGCCAAUUUUGCAACGAAUAGUUGACUGGAAGGAAAUUUAAAUCAACAAAUUUCUAUCUCUUUUUCUCUGGAAGCUACCAGCGAAAGUUAAUUGGGCGUGUAAUGCAGCCCGCAGACCCUCAGCAAAUAAAACUGAAGCCUGCAGCAGCCCUAAAACGGAAACGAACCUGCGUUUAAGCGCCCUGCUUAUUACCAUUUGUGCAAAGACAAUGAUUACAUUAUAUUCAAAUUUCUGUUUUGCCACUGCUCAUAUUCUGAGUGUAACAGCCGGCUCGCCCAUAAAACCUACAGGAAUCACAUUCGAAUAAUCUAAGUUAGAGACUCCCCUCGAAAAUUUACUUUUUGGCGGAGUUCGGUUGUUUUUUUUUUUAAAGCUUGCAUAUAUGUAAAAAGAUGUAAAAAAACAGGCACCCAGAAAUGCACGACAAGAGAAUAGCCACAAGUAGCCAGAACCGAGACUCGUCAUGAUGGGGUAUGAAAGAGAGCUCAUAAGAAGAAAAAAAAAACCGACGCGCGGGGUAUAAUAAUAACGUAUGCACAUAUGAUUACCAGGUAUGCUGCAUACUUAUGAUUUUGUUAUGUUAAGUUUUAGCUCUUAUUCGUUAUUUGCUACUCUUGCUAGAUUUGCCAAUGCCGCCACCACCGCCGCCACUCCCGGUCACCGGCAUCGACGGCUCUCUGUCUCUCGUUGAACUGUCGACAUUGCAUGAUUCUGGUCUGGCUUGGCUGGCAGGCCAGCGAUUGCGCCAAUGUGUGUUGAGUUUUUUUCCUUUUUUACGAAGCCGGUGCUGCCGUUGCGUGUCAGCUCUUGCACCGCACGAAAGACAGGUCCGUCGUUCCGGUAAACGUUUCCACGUUUUGCCGUUCGAUGGUGCGAAGAGGCCAUCAUGAUGCAUCGGGUUUACUUUUUCAACAGCCGGAUGGAAGGAUGCAACGAAACUGUAACUUUUUCGGGUGUUAGAUUAGGAACAGUUAGAAAAAAUAAUCAAUCAGCUUUUUGAUAGGCUUUUUUGAGUGUUUUCUUUAUAAAACUGUGUUUGUAUCCGUGCUUUUAUGACUGUAAUUUGCAAAAUUUUCCCUAAAUUUUUUUAAGGGAGCUCGUAGCUUGAGGAUCACAGAACCUGCUUUGUAAAAAAAUGGUUAUAAGAUCGAAUCUUAGUAGUAUCACAUCGUUUGGUGUUAGAGGGACUUUUACGCAUAGGUUUAUUCUCUGGCUCCUCUCCAUCCCAUAACCUAGAACUUCACUCAGAAUUAAAAAAAAAGUCUGACCUGACACACAGUUAAAUGGAGAUAAAACCACUCCAGGCCAUUAUAAUUGCCGAUACAUGGUAGGAGUAACUAAAGAGGCUCGGUAAAGAAGAGUAGUAGAGUUAUGCGCGGAGAGACGGGUAAAAGUUUUGAAUCAUAUCCGUCACUUACUACGGUGACAAAGUACCUUCGUUUCCGUCACAGUCGUUAGAGAUGCAGAGAUAAACUCGCCUUCCUUCCCUAACUGAUCAAAAGGACGUAGCCGGUGCCGUUAUCGUUCUUAACCAAAAGCAGAAGCUACUAAAUUGUUGUACAUUGAAGAUGGUUUAUUAAUCCUAAGUAGCCAUCUGUAAGUGGUUCUUCAUGAAACUUCAAUAUUUUUCCCCCUGUUGGUGUUACUGUAUCGCUGCGAGCAGUACUUAGAUCUAUUGUGGUGUGUCUGUUUUCGCUUCAAGCCUUUUCUUAGGCAACUUCACCAACUCAGAAUUAUCACAUAGCAGCAACAAUGAAAUGUGCGGACAUCAAGAUUAAGCUCGAAAUUUUCCUUAAGAUUUUUUUUCCUUUUUUGACGGCUUUUCAUAUUGAGGGAUUUCAUAGUAAUUUUCCAAUCCAGACAUUGUUAAUACUCUCUCAAGUUUCAGUGAAACUUUUUGAAUUGGGUGAUUUCGAAAAUUUAAAGAAUAUUGCAUUGGCUGUUAGAAUUUUUAUCAAAAAAUACAUUGUGUUUAAAAACAUUUACUCUGAAAAAGCGGCGUUGAACUCAAAAUAUACUUUUUUCAAGAGCGAUAUAUUUCAGGGUGGAUACUUUUACACAGAAUAAGGAUUCCUUGAACACAUUUUUUUAGUUUUUUUGAUAAAAUUUCUAAAAUAUUGGUCAAAUAAUAAAAUGAGGGUAAUUGAAUUGUUUGAAUUUGUAGUCCUAUUUUUCAAACUUUUUACGCAGCAAAAAAUAUUUUAAAUCGAACGGUGUAAUAUCUCGCGAAUAUGGCGAGUACGAGGACUUCUCAUUCAAGCGUAUCUAUGUAAGCUAUAACGGCUUUGGUAGAAUGAGACCGAGCGUUGUCAUGCAGCAGAAUCACUUUUCGGGGCGGCUGCUCGUAUUGUGAUCGAAUCGAACCGAUAACGUUUCUCAGUGAUGGUUUCGUUCAAUUUCAGUGGCUCAUAAUAAAUAACACCGACCUGAUUUCACCAAAUACUCUCCAUAACCUUCGUAUGUAUUAAACUGAGUCGACGACUUAGGAGCAGUCCACUGAGAAAAAAGCUACUAUUUGAAUCCACGCUUACAAUACUUACAAUCCCCAAAAAUAUCAAAAUAUGUCAAAUAACUUUUUUAUUUAAGGAGAUAAAAGAUAACAAUGUUCAGCAUAAACGUGCAUAUUGGGAUGACUGAUAACUUUGUAGAAGAUUUGGAAAUUGGGAAAAACUUGAGAAAAAAGUUAUAACGAAAAUUGUGAUUUUCAGUACCUCUUCAUAGAAAACUUUAUGUUGCCCGUAAUAUAUGAAAGAUAGAAACAUGAUGUCUUCGGAAAAGUUUAUUGUUUUGAGAUUACCUAAAAUUUUGCCGAAGACACCAUGCAUCUAUCUCAAUCUGAUAAAAAAAAUUUAAUUUUCUAUCUCACUUCUAGGUGGAUUGAUCACUAAUCUUUCUUCAUCUUAAGAUGUAUUUUUGAAUAUCUUGAAUUUUUUUCGAAUAUACAUUAUGGCUAUAACCAACAUUUGAAACGCUAUUUAGUUAAUCGCACGAAAACGGCAAAACAAAACACUGUGCCAUGUUCCGUACUUUGAAUCAUUCCCAAAGCAUAUAAUCGCUUGGAAAUGGCUUGGUAAGUAACUCCUUAUACCAAAGCAAGCUGUUCUCACGUUUAACAUGGAUCCUUAUUGAACAAUUCCGCCACUGGGUGAUUUUAAUUUAGCGAUGUCACCGAGUGGUGCCAUUGAACUAUAAAACCUACAAUAAUGAAUGUUGAAAAUUGAUCAAAUUAUGUUACGUUCGUUUUGAAGAAUUUGUUCACUAAACCAGAUUGAAUUCAGCAACUAAAAUGCAUUCUUCACAGAACUGUUUUACAAACAGGCUCACCCUUUCUCCUUAGAGAAUCACUAGCGUGCAGGAGAAUAUCUUUCACUGCGAAAACAAUUGCUCUCACACUGUUGGGCAAACCUACGCACUUGCUUGAAGAGAGUUGCGAAACACGUGUAUCUGAGAAGCAGGCCAAAAAACACAGUGGUGAAAUUUGAAAUAUUUCAUCAGAAAGGAAAUAAACUGGUGUGAGCUUUUUCUUACGAAAGGACAUUAGGCUCAAUAACUACACAGCAAAGCUCACUGCAGUGCUUCUACUGUGUGUCUCUAAGCAUACAUCAAACAAGGAGAGCCUCUAGGUGAGGAAGUAGAUUUCGUUUUUGCUUCGCGUCUCGAAACUGAAAAAAAAUCCAAACCCCCGUCACUCAUGUUUGCUCUACGAAUGCUAUCGAAUUUAUCUCAGCACUUCUGUGUAUUCUCACUAGAGUGAUUCACCAUUCUUGUUUCGCUCAGCUGGGGUGUAAACAGCAACUGUAGUAGCAGAAACGCAGCACUAAGCAGAAGCAAAAAACAUGAUGCACUAAAUUGUUUCACGCACCGCUCAUGCUGGACAAGAAGUGAGCGGUGAAGGUUCUGCUCUUACACAUAUUGAGAAGAAUAACAAACCGUAUUACAAGAUAUCUUUUUUUUACAAAAAAAAAAGUUUUUUAAACAACGACAAAAAAAGUGAUAAUAAAAAUUCACUCAAAAGCUAAGGUAACGGUCAAAAUACUCGAUAAAGCUUUAGAUACCAAAAAACCAGUGGCGUUUUUUUUUAUUUUUAGUGCUAUGCAUUCCUUCAGCAGUGAGAUUGAAAUGCUUCGUCUUUUCGAAAGGGGUCCCCGUGCAAAAUUUCGGGUUAAUGGGACUUCGAGGUGUGAUUAAAGUUUCACUAUGAUCGACAAAAAAAUUUCGAUAUGAAAUUAUCGAUUCCGAUUUUUUUUGAAACUAAAUGUUAUAGCAAUGCAUGAAACUUCGAGGUUUGGUACAGUUUCAAUACAAAAUUCAGAAAAAUCGACUUUUUGUGUUCCAGAUCGAAAACCUACUGACUCGACGAUCCAUUCAUUUCUAAGAAAUUUGGAAUAAACAACUUUUUCGAUAUCAAAAAUUUUCUUACAAAUAUUCACACCGUUGGAUAGCGUAAUUAUAUUCCCCCGACAAAAAAAAACUUUGGCCGCUUUGAGGCACGACUUCGAUUCGGAAGUUCGAUUUCAAGGCUAAAUUUUAAACCUUCGUCAGGGACCUGUAAUACAAUAUUCUGUAUACGUGCGGAAAAAAUAAAAACCGCCUGGAUUCGAGAAUCUUGCUAGAUUGAUUUCAUUAAAAAAAAUUUACUGAACCUCUGAGAGAAAAGUUAUCUUCUUAUCCAAAUUUUCCACCUGUCCUUUUAUAACUUUUUAUUUCUCGGUUUUGAAAACUUUAUUGCUAUACUUUUUUGUUACCUAAUCAUUGCGCUGCCAUGCGCGGUCGUCGUUGUUUCUCCUGUGGAAAACAAGGUGUCUAGUAUCAGCACUCAAUUCUUGAGUAGAAAUGUCAUGAAAAUAUGCUAUUUAAGACUAUGCAAGGUUGCAUCAACUGUCUGUAUAUGGAAAUGGAAUUUUGUGAUUGUACCUCUGAGAAAGAGGCUGCUGCACGAUUGAGUUGAAAUUUUACAUGGGGACUUUUUCGAAAAGACGAAACUUUUCAAACCAACUGCUAAACAAAAUGCCAAAAGUUGUUUGAAGGUUGUUUCAGAAUUGAUCGUUGACUGAACUACGCAACGGUCAAUUAAAGCAGAAGGUGCGUUGCACGGUAAGCGGCAUCGCUAUUGACAGCAUAAAAACAAUUCACUUUCUAAGUUGUUCUCGCCUAUUCUCUCUCUUCAAUAAUCUCUUGCACUCAUUCCUCCACUGCAACGUAACUUGUAUUGAAAGUAGGUGAUGUUAGCGCGCCAAACCACUGUUUUCUAAUGCCGUUUUGUAACAUGAUAGUAUUUGAUUUAGGUUAUACCUUGUCUCUCAAACUGCCUCUCUCUUCAAUUCCCUUAAAAUUCAAUUUUUUUUUCAUCGAGACCUCCCCCGGACGAAAUUUCUGGCUACAUCACUGCAAAACACUGAUUGUUGUUUUUUCAUGAGGACACUUUGUUGCUGGUUAUGGUUAUAAUUGCUGGUUACGAGUGUGUUGUUUAUUUUAAUCGUGCAUAACUUUGCUUUAUUAUCCCUAUUAUCUUCAGCAAGAUUUGCCUUCUUCUUCAUCGUUCAAGAGGCUUAUCAGUUGUGUCACAUGGCUUUCUUUCGUGUGGAAUAAUGCAAUUCAAUUUCUAAAUUAUAUCUUAAAUUGUUCCCACACAGACUGAGGUUUAUUAGAAAUUGUAGCUUUUUCAUCAAACAUAAUUGCAAUUUCUAUGAUAUCAAGGAAGUCUCAAAAAAGUAGAACGAAAGCUUGUUUUUCCUUGAAGAUGUCACUGAUCGGUGCCGAAACGUUGGACAGUAAAAAACAAAAGUCGUUCUUCUUUUUUGAGAUUGCUCAGCCGAGAAUACAUCUAACGCUCAAAUAACUUCCAAAGUCGAACUCUCAGCAACAAUUAGUGGAAGUAUGUAAGAAAUAUCAAGUAUUUUUUAUGGCAGUUAGGACAACAUUUAGAUUUCAGUUGCGACUUUAUUUAUACAAUAUUUGCGAGUAUUUCGAUGUCAUCAAACUCAAAAGGUUUCACUGAAAUUUGGUAGGAUGUUGCAAACUAAACUAAUAAACUCCGUUUGGUUAAAAUCGCUAAAUUUGUAAUUUUCUACUUUGUCAUCUAGAGAUUGAGAUAUUGAGAUGUCUAACUCAAUCAGCUUAUGUACAAAUGAUAAUAAUAAUGAAUAGGAUAUUUGAAAUAACCUUUUUUUAAUAAAUGCAACAUUGAAUAACUUUAUAUCAUAGCUUUUGAAAUUGAAUGUUGCUGUUUUCUUGGCUUUCGGCUGCAUGCAAUAGUUCGAACAUUACGCAAAAUUUGUGCGUUAAACAUAACACGAUGAUUAUCCAGCGAGUGCAAUUGAAGAGCUUGCAGCUAAUUUGACAGUUUUCGUUACAUUUUUUAAGUAUUUAGGAUGUUAAUGGAAGUCGUACAUCAAAUGGCGUCGCAGAAAAACACUGUAGAGAAUUGCCUAGUUGACCGAUUGUUUUCAAACUUUCAGACAAAUAACUAAUGCUUACUAAUGGGCUAUAGUAAACUUGGUGCAUAUUGAUUUCACCCAAUUGCAACGUCAAUGGUAUUCAAUAAAUACGUCACGCAAGUUCCAAACACGAUUUCGAACAUUUUUUGAAGUAGAAUACUUCUCUCAGGAAGUUCGGCUACAUAGGGAUGUGAAAUGAAAAUCUAAAACCGAAAAAAGUGAAAAAUAUGUCCAAUUUCAAAUGCUAGUAAAUCGGUUAGUAUUCGAUGGAUUUCCUUCGUUCUUGCAGCAAUAGAUUGGAAAAUCUUCUAAGAUUCUUCCCAAAUGCAGAUAAUUGUAAUUUUAUUUUUCGAACGAUUGUACUAUUGAAAAUAGUCAAGCCUUGUCAAAACGAAAACUUCGGCCUCUGAUUGGUCGAUAUAUGAUUGCUUCCCAAGCACGGUCGACAGAAUCAUAGACCUUGCCAUUUUAAAUGUGCUAUUAGGCCUAUAUAAGAGCCUGUUUCACCCGAAGCUGCUCAUUAUAAUUCUAGACUUCAACAACAGCAGUCUUCCCUCAGCAGCAGCAGUGGAUACAGCAGCAGUAGCAGUGCAGCGGACAACAAGCACAGCUGCGGUAUGGCAACGGAUAGCGGAGCGCGUCUUAGCAUCGAUAGCAGGACCAGGUGAUGCAGGGCAGCGGAUACCAAUGGCAACAGAAGCGUCCACUACUGUGGCAACGGGGAUAGCGCAGCGGUUGACGUUGGUCUCAGCAUCUAUAGGUCCAGCUGAUGCAGUGUGGCAUUUUAGUGAAAUGCUGUCUCUGAGCGAUAGCAGGCACACUAGCAAAUGCAUCCAAUGAAAAGAACGUUCUGAAAAACUAUUCAGUGUUUAUUUUCCCCCAAGGAAUACUUUAUUUGCACUGCCAGUGAUAACGCAAAGAUGUGAUCGGCAUCUUAUCAGACAUUGAAUCAAACAACAAAUUGUCCUUUUCAGGAUGAAAUAAAAACCUAAUUGGAGAGUUAAUAUUUUCUCUUAAAUCAAUUUACACUUCCAAGAAAUUUGUAACAGAUAUAUAUUUGAUUUCAUCUCCGUGACUCAGAACGUACUGAAUCAUCUUUUCCUUCAGUCAUGAGCACAACAUCCGAAAAGCAUCCGAAAAUCAGCACAAAAAAUAAUUUUUCGCAUAAUUAAAAUUCGAAAAUUAUUAAGUCCAAACAUGAUAAGCAACUCUAUUAUUGAGAAUGGUCAAUCCUUGUUGAGCGCAAAAUUCGACUGAUCUGAUUAGUCGUUAAUAUGAUUGCUUCCCAAGGCUGGUCGACAGAAUCAUAGACCUUGUCAUUUUAAAUUUGAUAUUUGUCUGUAUAAGAGUAAGGAUGGGAAAUAUCGACUUAUAUGACUAUCGAUGUCUAUAUAAGAGCCUGUUUUACCCGAAGCCGCUCAUUAUAAUUCUAGACUACGACAACAGCAGUCCUCCCUUAGCAGCAGCAGUAGCAGUGCAGUGGAUAUAGCAGCAGUAGCAGUGCAGCGGAUAAUGACCACAGAUGUGGUAUGGCAACGGAUAGCGGAGCGUGUCUAAGCAUCGAUAGCAGAACCAGGUGAUGAAGGGCAGCAGAUACCAAUGGCAACGGAAGCGUCCACUACUGUGGCAACGGGGAUAGCGCAGCGGUUGACGUUGGUCUCAGCAUCAAUAUAAGCAGGGCCAGCUGAUGCAGUGUGGCAUUUUAGUGAAAUGCUGUCUCUGAGCGAUAGCAGGCACACUAGCAAAUGCAUCCAAUGAAAAGAACGUUCUGAAAAACUUGAGAAGUGUUUAUUUUCCCCCAAUAAAUACUUUAUUUGCACUGCCAGUGAUAACGCAAAGAUGUGAUCGGCAUCUUAUCAGACAUUGAAUUAAACAACAAAUUGUCCUUUUCAGGAUGAAACAAAAACCUGAUUGGAGAGUUAAUAUUUUCUCUUAAAUCAAUUUACACUUUCAAGAAAUUUGUAACAGAUAUAUAUUUGAUUUCAUCUCCGUGUCUCAGAACGUACUGAAUUAUCUUUUCCUUCAGUCAUGAGCACAACAUCCGAAAAGCUUUCAUUAUCGGCAUUAAAAAUUUUUUUUCGCAUAAUUAAAAUUCAAAAAUUAUCAAGUCCAAAUCAUGACAAGCAACUAUUAUUGAGAAUGGUCAAUCCUUGUUGAAGCGCAAAAUUCGACUGAUCUGAUUAGUCGUUAAUAUUAUUGCUUUUCAAGCACGGUCGACAGAAUCAUAGACCUUGUCAUUUUAAAUUUGCUAUUUGUCUGUAUAAGAUGAAAAAUAUCGACUGAAAUGGCUAUCGAUAGUUAUCGAUGAUUUCCUACUACUAUCGAUAGGUUUUUUAUCCCUAUAUAAGAGCCUGUUUCAGCCGAAGCCGCUCACAACAGUUUUAGACAGCGACAACAGCAGUCGUCCUCCCUUAGCAGCAGCACUAGCAGUGCAGUGGAUACCAGCGAUGGCGGAAAGCGGCCACAGCUGUGGCGUAGCAAUUGAUAGCGCACUAGUUGCAGUGGAUCCCAGCAACGAUAGCAGCUGGGCCAGCUGAUGCAGGGACUGUGGAUACCAAUGGCAGUGUAUAGCGGCCACAACUGUGGCAUGGCUAUGGAUAGCGCACUAGUCGCAGCGGAUCUUAGCAUCGAUAGCGGCUGAUGCAGUGAGGCACUUUAGUGAAAUGCAGUCUUUGUGCGGUAGCGGGCACUAGUGAAUGCAUUCAAUGAAAAGUCUCAUUUUGACAACACAUGAACCGUCUAGUUUUGAGUGUUAAAUCAGCUUUUCACUGUUUAUUUUAUCACAAGGAAUACUUUAUUCGCACUGUCAGUGAUAACGCCAAGAUGUGAUCGGUAUCUUAUCCGAUAUUGAAUUGAACAACAAAUUAAAAAAUGACUGACACGCAAGCAGCCGGGUUUUCUUGUAAAAGUAUUCUACUUCAUCCUUGCGGUCGUGGCUUUGCACACAACCCUCCUUUGAUUUUUUGCUGUUGAUCACUGGCGCCCUACUGUCACUUAGGGUUGUGGAACUGGUAUUAGAGUGCUCCGUUUCAUAUCAUCAUGAUUCCCCCUAUAUCCGUCAGCGCUCAUUGUCUUUUCCACUUGACUUUCCUCAGGUGAUAGUAGCGAACCUAUACAUUAGAGAAAUGACAAGACACUCACCGUUAAGGCAACUGUCAACAUCAGAACGGAUAACGGCAAUGCAAAUUUAUACAGCUCGCCCGUUUUGAUGUUGACAGUUGCCUUAACGGUGAGUGUCUUGUCAUUUCUCUAAUAUAUAGGUUCGCUAGGUGAUAGUGACGCCGUUAAUCUUCUCUUUCAAUUAAAAACUAUUUCUUUCCUUUUCAAGCCCUUAAGCUGUCAAAAUCAAAGCAAGAGCACUCGAGCAGUUUUCUUUCGUUGUGCUCGAAAAUGAAACAAAUGUUUUUUACUUUAAAACGACAGGUCACAGCGUCACUAAAACCUUAUGAAUGUCAAAUGAAAAUGACUUUGUCAGACUCUGAUAAGGAUACUCACUUUUUCUUCAUGCUUUCCUCAGAUUGGGGAUGCUCCCGUAGUGCCUGCUUCAUAACAGCUCAGUAUUUUUCGAUGGGCCUUAGCCUUUGGUACAAAAGUUACCCCGUAGACUUCGUACCACAACAGGACAUAACUAAAAUAGUUGCACGAACUUAGAUCCGGCCAGACACUCACAUGACUUUAGUGUUGCUGCAGCAGCAGAAGCAACCGCGUCUGUGGACAUUCUUUGAGAUAGAUCUUCCCGCUUACAGUCUCAUUAGUCACGAACAACGGACUCCGUUUGCCACAUGAGCAGAUCGCUUGCCAAAAUUUGUAUUUCUUGGCAAAUUUUGAAAAUUUCUACUUUCUCCGGAACAACAAACUUGUGCUGGGCAGUGAAGAACAGUUUCUCCGAAAGUUGCCGGAAGUCCACUUUGACGUAAGUCUCAUUAUCCAUGACGAGACAAUGAGGCUUCGUUAGCAUCUGGAUUUAUAGCUAUCGAGCCCGUGACUUUCUCUGGCUCUCUGAACCAUAGACUUGUACAGAUUUAACUUUUUGGUCACAUCUCUGACCAAAGCAUUGAGGCUCCGCUUAAACGCUUUCACACUUGUGAUCCUGAUCUCUAAUAGAACAGCCAUUCUUACCGUAUUUCUCCUUCCGUUUGAUGCUCAAAGUCUCGUAGUAACGUUUAAUCACACGAUCUACAGCUUUUUUUCGUGAUAAAAUUUGUCGAUCUAGAAGAGCAAGAACUGCGUCACAUCUAAGAACAUUCGCCAUCUAAGUUUCAAACCAUAUCUGAAUUUUCUUUGAUUUCGCAUGUGAUUUCACACUAUCCAACUUUGCGUGUAUAUUCGCUUCAAAGGACAUGGUAGUUUCAGGACCUGAUCAUAAAACCUGCUAUAAAAAACCGUUCAACUUCGCACCACGUAACGGCCUCCCUUCUGUUCGCUCUGAUUUCUCAUUUCAUCUUGUGCUCCAUUGUAAACGCAUCAAGUAUCGAUGUUUAUAAUUUUCAUUCUUCCAAAGCCCCUCAUAUAUAUGUACGUCAGGAGGACAGGUUAAUACGGCUUUCGGCGAUCGAACAUUGCUCGCUAGGAGGCGGGCCGCAGGCGAGCAAAUGCCGGUACACUCACACACACACUCGUGCAAACAGAGAGCAUUGAUUGAAAGAUGAAAAGAUCGAAACGCCAGCAUCAUUAUCAUCACCGGCCAGCAGGGCCGAUGUGUAGCAGUAGGAAAUAUACCGCAAAACGGCAGCAUUCUAUUCUUGCGGGUGCUCGGUUCUCGUUCGAACCACCGAAACCCGUUGUGGGGUACGUCCCACGGUCGUUGUCGUUGGCCAUCCAUCUGUCCGUCCAUCCGUGACAUUUCAACGUUGUCUCGUUCCGGGCACGGUUUUCUCGCAGGUUGCAGACUGUUGAUAGUUUUCGCAGAAAGUUUACUUGAAGAAUCGCUUGAACCGCGCGCACGGCCGGGUCGUUGCUGACAGGCGGGCAUUGAUGCAUGAUUGAAUGAAUAUGCGAAUAUUAUGAGUGUUUCCACCCACUGCUGGUGUAGCGGCAGCAGAGUAGCACUGCGGGUAUACGAGUAAGAGCAAUUGUAAAGAUAUGCGUAGCAAGAGAAGGCAAAACGAUACAUUGAACUGAAAUUGAAUUUCAAAUUUGACGAAUGCGAACUCCUACGGCCGAUUGUUGUGACGGCUUGCUGGUGAUGAGAGAAUAGGUGAACCGUCAAGUACCCCAAAAAUUGUAUACGUACUAAAAGUAACAAAACAAUGUGAAAUACAAAUCAUAGUGUAUGAUUUUUCUGUGUAGAUAUGCAAGUAAAAUAAAACCAUAGUUUUAACGCACAAAAUUAUAAACUAAACAGCAAUUGUACUAAGUAUGCAUCUAAUUCCCACAACCAUUUCAGUGGUAACUCAAUGAUAUUAACAGUCACAAAUACCAUACCCUACGGAGUUGUUUAAUUUCAGUGCAGAUACUUAGCAAAUUUCGUCCAUCUACAUAUGAAAAAUAGCUCUUCAAUGUUCUUUGAGAUUGUACGAAACAAUAAACAGGCUAGACAGGAAACUUAAUUUUCGCCCGUGAAAGUUAAGAUUAUUAGCAUUAGAAGGUUUACGAUAGCAGUGUAGGAUACUAAUUAGGAUGCAACAAGAACGUACUGUUUUCGAAUGCUGCUCAAUCAGAUUUGACGGUAGGAAAAUUUAGCGUAGCAGUAGAAAUGAACGGUAGGACUGGAAAUAAGUUUUUGCUUUAUUUGCGGUUUAACGGGAGCAGCGAUCGGUGAACAGAGUGUAGAUCAAUUAAGCGAGUGAAUGCAUCGAUAAGAAUGCCGGUAGGAAGUAAUCGACCGUGAUCGGUUCACGUUUAUUUAUAUAAAUUAAUUAUUAAUAAAUGUUUUGAAACUUGCGA